UCGGAAACAAUAGUUUUGUGUGCGCAAGGUGCAGUCGCGCGCGCAUAGAUGUAUUUAUUUGUUAUAGAUUAAAUAUUUGAAUUUGAAUAGUUGGUAGAUAUGAAUAGUAUUGUUAUACUGAGUUUAUGGAUACUCCUGCACAUUAGCAACACAUCUUGUCAAGAUGAAAAAAUAUCCGUUUUAAGAGGCGACAAGGUAGAACUAGCCUGCCCGAUCGAUAUAGCGACCUGCGGCGAGCUGCACUCGCUGAAAUGGUUCAAGGGAACCGAACGGAUAGCGGUCGUGUCCGGUGAUGGCGAGGUGGCCAAAGUCGAGGGCAGCUACAACGAUCGGCUCUCGCUGUCGCACGAGGCGCAAACGAGCCGGCUCAUUUUCCGCAGCGUUGAGAUAGCGGACGAAGAUACAUAUCUGUGCGAGACCACGUUUCUCGAACCGUCGGAGCUGUGUGAAAACUCGGGCGCCUACAGCGUAGCUUUGAAUGUUUACGCUGUGCCAUCGGUUAUCACGCUGCAGGAUGGCAAUAGAAAUAGUAUUAAAAACGGUUCCCACAUCGGACCGAUGCGCGAAGGACAAGACCUGCAGGUCGUGUGCGAGGUAUACGGGGCCCGUCCGGAGCCUGUGAUAAGUUGGCAUCGAUCUGGUCGGGUUGUUCGAGAUAAUUUGGUUGUGGAGGAACACAACGGACUGUACACAGUCAAGUCGACGUUGUCACUUACGCUGUCCCGACAGGAGCUGGGAGCUACGUACAACUGUCGCGUGGAGAUGAAGGAUCUUCGCCUCUCCGUAGACAACCAGUUUCACAUCGAUUUGCAAGUACGACCCACAAAGAUAAACUUAUCCGGUGUUGAACAUCACACGGUUCAAGGGACGAAGGUUUUGCUUCAGUGUCAGGUCAGCGGAGCAAGACCAGCAGCUAAUAUGACCUGGUACAAUUCAUCCAAGCUCAUCACGGAGGAAUCCAGUGACAUGACUUCAAUUAAUACUAAAACAUAUCUUCAAAAUGAUGGAACAUUUGAAACGAUCAGUCAAAUGAUCUUUACUGCAACGCGCUUCGAAAACGGUGCGUCCAUGCGCUGUGAGGCCGAUAACAUUGUGAUGCGUGAGGACAUGGAUCGGCCACUGCACGACACCCUCACGCUGGAAGUGAUGUACCCGCCGGUGGUAUCCGUAAAGCCGGAAAACAUAACCGUGAACGAGACGCAAGAUUUCCUUAUCUUUUGCGACUACGAAGCGAACCCGGCAUCACUCGAGAGCGUCAAGUGGUACCGGAACAAUCAGGAGAUAAAGCUAAACAGCGUGCGUUACGAGGGUGGCAACCCUGAGCAGACGGCACUGCUGAUAAAGAACUCGACGCGGCACGAUAUCGGUGCCUACACCUGCGAGCUUUCGAACUCGAUUGGGUUCGAUGUGUCUGACAAUGAAGUUUAUGUUGAUGUUAUAUAUAAACCGACGGUAAUGUUGACGAUGGACCCAGAAGCGCCAGUGAUCGAGAAUGAUCAGGCGAACAUUACGCUGCUGUGCAAUAUUGUGGAUGGAAAUCCAAUGCUCCUGACCAGGGUGCGUUGGUUUCUGGAUGGGGAGUUCCUGAAGGAGCUGCCGGAGUGUGAGGAGGAAACGCUCGGAACGGAUGAGAACCUCUGCGAGGUGGAUCCGAGUAAGAUGUUGCUGCAGAACGUUGGACGAGAGUUUAUCGGAAACUACUCGUGCGAGGGCUUCAAUGCAGCUGGCUGGGGCGAUGUGAGCGACGAAAAUCCCCUGGACAUUUACUACGAACCGGGCAACGCGUCCAUGGUGCACUAUCCGUACAUUGCAAUCAAACGACGCAGUGUGACGUUCAACUGCUCGAUCGAGGAUCGAGGCAAUCCGGCAGCUAGUCGAUACCGUUGGUUGCGUGGGGGAAAGCCGGUGCUGGAUGUGGUCACACCUUCCUGGACGGUGGACCCGGUUGGGCUGGAUUCACGCACGACUUUCUCGUGCUUUGCGUACAACGAAGGUGGCGAAGGAUAUCCGGCGGAGGUGAAUUUGGAAGUGCAUGCACCGCCGGCAUUCAUUCAGAAGCUGCAACCCUACACGGGGGCCCUCUUUUCGACCACCAACAUGUCGCUUUCGUGCCGGGUGGAGUGUGUACCUUCGUGCACAAUCUCGUGGUUUAAGGAUGGAAUCGGAAUUGAGGAGAGUGAUGAGCGGUACUACAUCACCAACACGUAUCUACCGUCGGAACCGGCGACGGGUGACUUUGAGAGUGCAUACUCUGUGCUGCACUUUAACAUGUCCGCCUGGCCGAACGGAAUAUUGGAUAGGAUUAAGGACAGCUCGAACUAUUCGUGCGUGUCUACGAAUAACUCUGCUGGACCGGGCGUCCGCAGUACAACGUAUUUUGGAGUUGAGUAUCCGCCCGAGAAUACGAGCCUUUCGAGCACGACCAUCUCGGUCGAGGAGGGUAAGAUACCUCCGAAAAUUGUUUGCUCCUCGAGAGCCUAUCCAGAACCGGCCUUUUACUGGGCUCGCAAUGGUGAGAUCAUUGCCAAGGGAAGUGCACUCAUCGUCGACGAAGGUUUGCGGCGUUCCGAUGCCGGCAAGUACACCUGUACCGCGUUCAACAAGCACGGAAACCAUUCAACAGAUGCAUACAUCGACAUUCAUUAUAAACCUACGUGUCAAAUCAUGCGGAAGGAGAUCGAGGACGAGGAUGUGCUGAUCUGCGUUGCUACUGGCAGUCCGCGCGAGUCAGAGUUUGAGUGGAGCGUCAAGUAUGCGAACGACAGUCUGCAAAGCCAUCGGAUCAAGAGCGACGCCUACGAGAGCUAUCUGACGCUGGACGAUGCCGUGUCGGCGAUGCGCAUUUACGUGUGUGUCGCAAGCAAUAAUGUAGGGAUGGGAACACCGUGCGAGAUUGAGGUUGCAGGAUAUGUUGCCUGGUGGCUGAAGGGAGAUGUACUUACGCCGUACAUUCUGAUCGGUGCGGUGGCUGCCCUCCUGCUUGCGGUCAUCCUUGUCUGCAUCAUAAUCAUUUGCAUCUGCCGAAGGAAACGACGACAGGAGAAGUCUUCUAUGCACAUGGAAGAAAUCGAAGAUGCUGAAUUCUCAUUUAUGAAAGAUCGCAGGUGUCUGCAACGGGAGACGGAUGCUUCCGAAAACAUCCGGCAUUACGAUCAGUCGCUCCGGUGGCGUAUUCGACGAUUUUUCGAAAAACGUAACAGUAUCGAUUUGUUGCGCAUCUCCACGAGCAAUGUUAUUACGUAUGUUAAAAAGCCUCAAACCAUACCCACCGAAGACCCGUCGCCCCCCUCCACGUCCAACCCAGCAGCAGCUGCGGACAACAACAACACCACGACCACCGCCGGCAGCACCACCGACACACCACCAACACAUACACUACCAACAGCCGGCGCGUCCGUUACGGCCCCCGAGACAGGAGCAGCGGCACGGGGGGUCGAUGGUGGAAAUGCAAAUGUACCGGAAGCUGGUACGGCUGUAGGCGGAGUUACUGGAGAAUCAUCGACUGCUGGCGGAUCCCAGAUCGAACCAGGAGAAUAUGAAAACCUACCGUUCCAUGGAUUGCAAACACCGCCGAAGAAGGCUAUGCUGUGUAAAACUAACCUCGCGCCAUCGCUGAAGCAUCAUAACAAAACACUCACCCCAUCCUGCUUCCCAACGCAUCCGUACAAUUACAUCAACUAUCAGAAAGAUAGCCAGAAGGGUGGUUUGCCGGCUCCCCUACACCCUACCCUCCAGCACUCUGGACUUCCGCAGCCCCCGUCCAUCGGUGAGCCGCCGAGUUUGGACGAUUCGUGUAAAGCAAAGAUGGCCGCAUUGGACAACAGUGACACACUGUCCUCGCACAGCUUCACCCUCAGUGGAACACGUUCCACGAAACGGUCCUCCGAGAAGAAGUUGAUAGAUCUGGAAACGGUGACACCACUGUACGAGAACCUAACCGAUUCGAUUCAGAUCCAUGAGGCCACAAUUCCCACCCCACUCCCUACGGUUCCACCCGGCAAGCCGCUCAUUCUUGAAGGUCCUCACCAGGAACGGUAUCGGAUCAGUCUGAAGAAGCCGGGUCGGAAGGGUGGAAGUAGCCGCUCGAACAGUGCCGUCUCGAACAGUUAUUACGAUUGUAUCAAGCCUAUCCCAGCACCAAGACAUCGGAAGUACGCUUCCACCAAUUCGCUCGUUUCGAAGACACACGCCGGAAGUGGACACGGGUUGAAAGCGUACGGUGGGGGUAGUAGCAGCCGGCUGGAUCCAAUCUACAUGAACCUUCCGUUCGGCAAUCGUCAGGGACACGAAUCGUCGCUCCGGCUACACUCGGACACGGAAUCGGGCUCGGAGGGUCCCCGGGGCAUCAACGAUUACCCAGCGGCACACGAUAAUCACUAUCUGGAGAUAACGCAGCACCAGACGCGGAUAGUGAUCCCGAGGGAACUGUUCCCGGUGGACAGUCGUGAGCAGCAGGCCAAGAUUAACCAGCUGCUCCGCAAGACCGGUGCGCCGCCCGUACCACCUGCCCUGCUGGCCGCCUCCUCGCCCAGCACCGCCACCCCUUCGUCUUCAUCCUCCAGCAGCACUAACAGCCGGCGCCACAUCAAGCUGCCGUUGCAGAAACAUCAUAGCUUUAAUUUCCAGUCGUCGCAAACGGUCGAGGCAACGGUGCGCGAUCUCAAGAUCAAGUCGCACUCGAUCAGCUCGAAAACGUUGCGCGAUUAUCGUGGCAGCGUUAGUCAGCGCGGUCAGAGCAAUGGUAACGGCACCGGCAGUAGCAACACACUCAACCAUAACCAUCAUCAUUCCCAUCACACCGGAAUGCUUCAGGAGAACGAUAGCGAGAACGAGUACUACGACCAACAGGAACACGAGCAGCAACAGCAACAGCAGCAUCGCCAUCGUGCGGCGUCACACUUUCCGUACGACACUAGCACCGUAGCCUUUAAACCCAUAACUCCCGUGCCAACGAGUACUACAGCAAUAAUAACUACCACUAACAGAAAGUCGGUUAAUAUGUGUAAUAAUGACAAAUUUGCAAUCAAAUAAAACAACAAAAACCAUCACCAUCUUCUCUGGACUUCAAAAUGGCCUCCC